UAGGACGGCCCUCUGAUGUCACACGCGGCUUCGGUAGGUUGUGAGGGGCUCGGCUCGGCUCAGUGAACCUCUGCUGCGCCGCGCACACGCUGGACCGCCAAGGCCGAGUAAAAAAACAAUAAUAAUAAUUACAUUAAAAGGUAUUUCUCUCCAAAUUAAGGAUUACUCUUUGCUCUGGCAAGACUUUUUCCUUUCUCUUCUGCCAAGAGGAUCGGAGCGCAGAUGGAUCUGAGCCGCAUCGUGUUGCUGCUGGCGCUCCUCUCCUUCUCCGAGGUACUGUCGGUCGAGGCGACGACCGACGGCGACAGGGGCAACGGGACUCACGUGAGCCUCCAGUGGCUGCGCCAGCGGAUCGCUGUGUCCCAGUUCCGGUGCUUCCAAAGGAUUACGAGAGGAUCUGAUCGCAAAAUUACCAGUAAUGGCACAGCAAUAAAUCACUGCAAUGCUACAUGGGAUGGAUGGCUGUGCUGGGGAGACACUGAACCUGGAGCGACAGAGCAAAACUGUCCAGACUACUUUGAUGAUUUUGACACACGAGCAAUAGCAGUAAAAGUCUGCACAGAGACCGGCGAGUGGGCGCGACACCCAGAUAGCAACAGAACGUGGACGGACUACACCAGCUGCAAACCCGACAAAACAAACUGGACGCUUACGGCAAUGAUCCACUUCUACUUGAUCUUGAUCGGUCAUGGACUGUCGCUCGUAUCGCUCCUCGUUUCCUUAGGAAUCUUCUUCUAUUUCAAAACUUUGAGCUGCGAGAGGAUAACUCUUCACAAAAAUCUUUUCCUUUCCUUUGUCUUAAACUCAGUGAUUACUCUGACAUGGUUCUGCAUAAAUAAGGAUUCGCUGAGCAGCCAGGGCAGCUGCAAGAUUCUCGCGUUCAUUCACAUGUACAUCAUGAGCUGCAACUACUUCUGGAUGCUGUGCGAGGGCAUUUAUCUACACACUCUGAUUGUCGUGGCGGUGUUCGCCGAGAAGCAGCAUCUCAUGUGGUAUUAUCUUCUCGGAUGGGGUUUCCCCCUUGUGCCGGCUGUUAUAUAUUCAAUAGCACGCACCUGCUACUACGACGACAAAUGCUGGGUCAGUUCGGCUACGUCCCUGCUGUACAUUAUCCACGCUCCCAUCUGCGCGGCGUUAGUGGUGAAUUUCUUCUUCCUUCUCAACAUCAUUCGGGUCAUCAUCACCAAACUGCGCGUCACGCAUCAGGCUGAAUCCAGCCUGUACAUGAGGGCGGUGAGGGCCACCCUCAUCCUCAUCCCCCUGCUGGGCAUCCAGUACGUCCUGCUGGCGUACCAACCCCACAGCCACUGGAUCUCGGAGAUUUACUUAUACAUCAUGAACAUCCUCAUGCAUUACCAGGGUCUCUUGGUUUCUACGAUAUUCUGCUUCUUCAACGGGGAGGUCCAGACUGUCCUCAGGAGACAGUGGAAUCUUCUGCGGAUGCAGUCUGCCGGCACGUUUGCCAACCCCGAGUUCUUCCGUUCGGCGUACUACGUGGCGUCGUCGCUCACCGAAGUCCAUCGCUGCUACAGCAUCGAGAGCCACACCGAGCACAUGAACGGCAAGAGCUACUCUGACAUAUUCAGAUCGGAAGGCCCUUACGUGUAAGAAACGAGGUUCGACUGAAUCUUUUAUGAACGGACAUGCAAAAAAACAACAACAACAAAACAAAAAAAGGUUAAGAGAGCAGUUUGGAUUCUCUUCUUUACAUAUUUCACCAGACUUGACUUUGCAGUAUCAACUCUUAGUGUUGCAAACAUUGAGGCAAAACAGGACCAAGAAACAGUGAUUGUUUUCACUCUACUGUAUCCUAUUUAUGUGGGAGAUUAGUGCAAAGUUGAGGUAAAUGUCAAAACAAAGAAAAUGGCAACCGAGUGGAUUUUCUCAUGUCACUCUAUGUGGCAUUUCUACAUGAAUAAUUGGACAAAGCUAAACUUAAGAUGUUGCUGAAUUUUUUUAAUGUUUCAUUCCAUUGGGCACUGUUUGCAUUUCAUGCAUUUGAUUUGGUUUAAUUGUAUUGUCAUUCAUGUAUGCAAUUCUAAAUGCUGGAGAAACGACAGAAGCACACUGUAUUGCAGUGUGUUUGUACAACGUCUGAUUGAAACUGUUUCGAGGAAACUCUUUGAGGCACAAUCUGUCACAUAAACUGUUUUUCUGCUUUCAACCCGAGAUGCUCGUAGUCUGUAUUUUGGAGUGGCCUCGGCAGUCGAACGCUAAAGCUUAUUGGUUUUGGUUCCGACUCCAAAUCUCUCGAGAGUUUGCCGAUUGUUCUACUGUGAGACGAAUGACUACUGUCAGCAACGCAGUGAAUUUCUCUUCAUAUAUUACAAGAGAGUUUUGUAUGGUUAAAAUUCUCCAAUGAAGCUUAGACCCUAAAACAGCGGUAACUGAUAAUUCACUGAAUGUGCGCAUAGUCGAAAAUAAGCCCAGCUAUAACAGGUGACGUAAUGUUAGAAUGUCCUUUACUCAUGUUUUGACUCUUUCUCAAUGUCUUCCUGUGAAAAUACCUUUUUUUUGGUCACAAAACGCUAAAAUUGUUAUAUUUCCGUAUUUAAUCAAGCUCACCUUGUUUAGUCAGGUCAUGUUGUUAAAGCAACCGUUUUUAUCUAAUAGUAUUUAAACUACCAAGAGAUUUUGUUCCUACUGAAGUAAUAAUACUGUAAAUAAAGACUUGUUGAUUUAAAA